GCCCGACAUCACAACAACACUGCUAGCUGGUAACGUUAGCUCAAAGAAGAGCGGAGUCUAUUUUUUUCUUCUAUUUGGGGACAUAUUAACAGGUACGCUGGAAUUUUCUGACACCCACUCGGACAUGUCCUAUGUCUUCAUCAACGACUCGUCGCAGACCACCGUGCCGCUGCUGCAGGCCUGCAUCGAUGGAGACCUGCCGUUCGCCAAGCGGCUGCUGGAGACGGGCUGCGACCCCAACAUCCGGGACAACCGGGGCCGCACCGGCCUGCACCUGGCCGCCGCGCGCGGCAACGUGGACAUCUGCCGCCUGCUGCACAAGUUCGGGGCCGACCUGCUGGCGACGGACUACCAGGGGAACACGGCGCUGCACCUGUGCGGCCACGUGGACACGAUCCAGUUCCUGGUCUCCAACGGGCUGAAGAUCGAUAUCUGUAACCACAACGGCUCCACGCCGCUGGUGCUGGCCAAGAGACGCGGCGUCAACAAGGACGCCAUCCGCCUGCUGGAGGGCCUGGAGGAGCAGGAGGUGAAGGGCUUCAACCGCGGACCCCUCUCCUCCAAGCUGGAGACCAUGCAGAUGGCCGACAGCGAGAGCGCGAUGGAGAGCCACUCCUUGCUCAACCCCAACCUGCAGAGCAGCGAGGGCGUCCUCUCCAGCUUCCGCACCACCUGGCAGGAGUUCGUGGAGGACCUGGGCUUCUGGAGGGUGCUGCUGCUGCUGGUGGUCAUCGCCCUGCUCUCCCUGGGCAUCGCCUACUACGUCAGCGGGGUGCUGCCCUUCUCCACCAGCCAGCUGGAGCUGGUGCACUGAGGGGAGGAGGAGGAGAAGA